AGGGAGAGAUGCUGACGUAUUGGUUGGUCGGUGAGGACCCAGCCAAGCGAUUGGAGCGUCUUCAAGCCGUCUUGGUUAGCGGGAUCAGCAACGAACGAAUAAGUGAAACUCCAGAUCUCCUGAGGAGGCCCACGGGCACAGAACUACUCCCGGAGGCUGCUGACGCCACUGUGGCCAGACUUCUCCACCAGCUGCACCUUCGGGCGGUCAGGUCCUAUUCCAACCAUAAGAGUCAGGAGGCUCUCUCUCGGCCGAGCGCCAGCACAAAGGUCAGAGGUCAUUGCUCAGCUCCCAUCAUUUCCUUUAAAGACACCAGUUUUGUAUAACCUCGAGUACAACAUAAUUCAGCACAUGUUACACGUCCAAUUUCUGUGAUAGAUGUUAUAUUUGUGAUAUACUUAUUUAUUUCGAUAUAUUUACAUAUAUUUAUUUUUACUCGC